AGCUCCCGCCCGACAUCAUCGCAUCGGACAACAUUCCUCAACUCCCCUGAUCGUCUCCCCCCUCACCUCUCGGGAAGGUCGAUGCCCCACUGGAGAGAGGAGUAUCUGGCUGCGCUGGCAGUCCGGGAUCAGAGGGAGAAGGCCAAUGUCGCGCUCUACGAUGCCUAUACCCGCCUCGCAGAUCGCACUGCCCUGCAGAAAUCUCCCAUAGACUCGGAUGCCAGUCCUGCAGCUGGCAGGAGAUCCUCGGUCGCCCCCAACGAAUCUCAACGGUCCGGUUCUCCCGCAUCUGGGACGGUGCGAAAGAGACAGCCUUCAUCUGAGCCAGGGCCAUCGUUGACAGACCUAUUGAAAACCACUCGGGCAGAUUUAUCCGAGGCACAACGGUCUCGAACUGAUUUACAAGACCAGUUGAACCGACUGAACAUAGAAGCCGAGAAGCUGCGUAAGAAAAGCAACCGCGAUGGCCGGCGCCUCGACACGUUGGAAAGUGAGAAAGCCAUUUUGGGGAAACGCCUGAAAGACAGAGACGAGGAGCUACGAGAGAAAACGAAACUGUUGGAGGAUUUCCAAGCCGAGUUGGCAUCACUCAACCUCGAGUUCAAUAUGGCCGAGAAGAAGUCAAAGGAGCUUCAGCGAGAGAACAAAGAGCUUGUUGAUCGAUGGAUGGCCAGAAUGGGUAAAGAAGCAGAUGCCAUGAACGAUGCAUUCAAAUUCUCCUAAUCGUGGCCACACACUGGACAGGAACCAGAAUAACCGCAGAUAGCUUUUCAAUACCCUAGAUGACUACGAAUUAGAUGUACAUUGAAUCAGAAUACCUGGAAAAGACUUGUCUUUAUACUACCAUAACAAAGAUGGUAAUAAACAUGUUUAUAC